AUGGCGGCUGAAUCGGUGUCUGCUGCGCCGGCCAAGGCGAUGCCAGCGCCAAUGAAUGUUAAGACGCCGGAGUCUGUUGCUGCAGCUAUAGUGACGCAACCGCCGGCUGCGGCUACUAGCAUGCGCGUGCCCAGCAGCACCUUCACCUAUAGACACUUCAUGGGCGGUGCUGUCGGAGGCAUGACGGCAGCACUCAUUACGUCGCCAUUGGAGGUCGUUAAAACGCGUCUACAGAUUCGCGGUGGAAGCGGAUCCUUCGGAACCCAGACAACGUUCGGCGUCAUGCGCUCCAUCGGAAGAACUGGUGAGUGGGUAGCUGAGCUGAGACAACAGUAG